GAAGCCAUUCCCGUUUUGGGGGGUAUUGAUCAUCUUGAUUUAUGAAUAUAUAUAUUCGUGUGUUGACCUAUGACAUUAAAUCAUUUUAAUAAGUUUAAAAAUACACACAAAUAUAAUAUUCGUACUUAUUACAUUGUGAUUAUAAUAAACAAAAACUCGGUGUAAUAUUUUAUAUUUAAAAAAAUUAAUAAUUAUUAUUUUUAUCAUUAAUCUAAACAUUGAUUUUUGCGACGCAAUAAGCCACGUUCUUUUUAAUUUUUUUUUUUUUUUCUUUCUAUAAACGCGGUAAUGACGUCACUCGCGAGUUAUACAAGCGUCAUCGGUCAAGUCUAUUUGAUAAAUUUUGAGACAAAAACACACCAACAACAAUCUUGUAAUUGUUAAAAAAAAUAUAUAUAUAAUAUAAUAAAUGUAACUGUUGUUACAGUGUUUAUAUACUGAUAUAUAAAUUAUAUUUAUUAUUUAAAAUUACUAAUUAUAAAAUUGAAAUAUAAAAAAUUAUUUUUUCAUCAAAUGUUUGUGUCAAAUGGAGUAACUUUAUCAUCGUUUUUUUUUUUAUCUCAUUUGAUACUAAAUAUGCGACAAGAGGUAAAUUAAUAACUCGUCUGACUUCAAAAGAAAUAUAAAAAAAAAAAAAGAUAUACAUUUAUCAAUAAAAAGCAGUAAAAAUAAUAUAAAUAAGUAUUUUCAUCAUUACUGAGUAAUGAGACAUUGGUUGAUGUAACAUUGGCUGCUGAAGGAAGGCAUUUACAAGCGCAUAAAGUUGUACUAUCAGCAUGUAGUACAUAUUUUCAAUCAUUAUUUACAGUUAAUCCAUGUCAACAUCCAAUUGUUAUACUUAAAGAUGUUAAAUAUACGGAUUUAAAGAUUAUGGUUGAUUUCAUGUAUUAUGGAGAAGUUAAUGUAUCACAAGAUCAGUUGCCUUCUAUCAUCAAGACUGCUGAGAGUUUAAAAAUAAAAGGACUUGCUGAUAUGCACACAGCUCAAUUAACAAAAUGGCCAAGUGGUAGUAGUGAACCAAGUGAAGUUAAUUGUGGUGAAUCUUGUUCACCAAGUCCAUCACCAAUAUCACCAUCAUUUAGAAGAAAAAGAUUACGUAAAACAUCAACUGGUUCAACAUCUGGAUCUGGUGAAAAACCAGAAGAUUGUAAUGAAAUAACACUUGUUGCAAUGAAUGUCGUUAAACCAGAACCAGCAAUUGUUAAUCAAGAAGUUAUUGAUAACAGACGUCCAAUUAAUGUCAGUAAUGAAUCACAAGGAAGUAUCGAAGAAGAUCAAAUAUCAAUUAUGAGCAAUAUGGAGAGUAAUUCAGCAGUAACACCAGCCCAAAAUGAUAAUUCAAUGCAAAAUGUUAAUCAACAACCAACUACAAAUGUCGCACAAACACCUGGACCUACUGGACAUACACCAGCACAUCAAGGAUUGCAAUGGACAAUCAUGGAGCACACGUACCCACGUUUCGCUCUAUCCUCGUGUCAAACAAAUCUGUCGAUUCAAGCAUCAUCAGCAUUUACAACCCCCGAUAUGUCUGGACCCCCAAAUAUCACGGAUACAUAUGGUGGAACAAAUACACCAGGACCAAGUUGUGCAUUAACAAAUUAUGGUAAUUCACCACAUGGACAAAUGGCACAACAACAUAACAAUAAUAAUAAUAAUAACAAUAAUAAUAAUAGUAAUAGCAAUAAUAAUAGUAAUAAUAAUAAUAAUAAUAAUGGAUCAUCGUCAUCAUCAUCAUCAUCAUCAACAACCCCAACAACAAAUAAUAAUCCAUGUAAUACAAAUUGUCAAUCACCAUGUGCAAGUCCACAACAACCUGGACCACAAAAACGUAAAAGAUCAACAAAUCCACAAGCUGAUGAAAAUUUUAUACGUGCACUUGAUGCUGUUAGAUAUGGUGGUAUUGGUUUUUGUAAAGCAGCUAGAAUGUAUGGUGUUAAUAAUCGUACAUUAUGGUUGGAAUAUAAAAAACGUGGUUAUCCAAAUAAUCGUCCAAGUGUUAAAACAAGAGUUAAACAAGAAAAUAAUUCAUCAUCACCACCAUCAAUAACACAACAACAACAACAACAGCAACAACAUCAACAACAACAACAACAGCAACAACAACAACAGCAAACAAAUCCAUCAAGUCCAACAUCAAUGGGACCACCAACAACACCACAUAGUACACACAAUCAACACAGUUCACCAACAAUGAUAACACCACAUAGUCCACAUGCAACAAUGCUUGCAACUCACAGUCCACAUUCAAUGCUCAGUAAUUAUGUUGAUACAAGACAUACUGAUUAUUCAAUACCAAAUUCAGCAAUGCCUAUUAAUUUACAUGGUGUUAAUUAUAAUUCCAUGUGAGGUGGCGUUUAUUCCUGGAUGUACAAAAUAUAAACAAACAAAAAUACAACAACUGCAACAAAUAUUUUUAAGUUAAUUUUUUUUUUUUUUUUCUAUUAGUAAUUAAUUUGUAAUUUAAUUAAUUUUUAUAUGAUCGACGUUUGAUGAUUUAAAACACAAAACACACACAUUUUUUCUUUCUAAGGAAUUUAUAAUUCAUUUUUUUAGGUUUUUUUUUGUUUCGAUUUAUCAAGUGUUUAGCUGUUUAAUGUAAUACGAUGCUUAUUUAUCAUAUAUUUAGUAAUUAUUGUAAAUGUUUUAAUGUCAGUGAUAAAAUCAAUUUAUUUAUAUUUUUUUUUGUAAAUAUUUUGAUUAUUGAUAUUGUAAGAAUAAUUCAAGAUAAUUUAUAUAUACAUAUAUACACGUAUAUAUUUAUAUAAUUUUUUUUUUUUUUUAAUUUUAUUUCAUUGUACCAGUGAUUAGAAAUUAGGAUGUAUUUUCAUGGCAUCUUUUAAGAUAAUAAUUGAUAAAGAAUAAUAAUAAAACUUUGAUACUCUUGAUGCGUAAAAAAUCGUACUGACGAAGGUAUAUAAUAUUAAAUAAAUAUAUAUAUUAUAUAAAUAAGUUUAAUAAACAUUGUAAUUAGGAUUUAAAUAACAGAAAAAUUUAAAAAAAUUGGCGUUUACUAAAUUUUUUUUAGAAAUAACAUUAAUGAGAUAAAUAAUAAUAAUAAAAAAUUGAUUGAAGGAAUAGAUAAGUUAGUGUGUUUGAGGGAAAACGAAAAUAAAAAAAAAAAACAAAAAAAAAAAUGUUAAUAA